AUGCUGCCCAUGCUUCCAAAGAACGGAGCUCUACAAAUCCCCUCCCGGAGUCCUGUACCUGUGACGGUUGCCACGGUCGCUCUCUGUGCAUCCGGUUACGGAGCCACGUGCUUCAAGGAUGUGAGCGAAGCCAUCCAGGCCAGCUUGGAUGCCCGCGGCGUCGCGCUCAACCAGGGCUCCUUGCCAAAGACGGCGUCCUCUUCUUUGCUGCAGCCGCCGCAGGCGCACAGCGAAGCGGAGAGCCACGGUCUUCCUCCAGCGCUAACACAAGACAGCAGCGGGCUGCUAUCGCGCGCAUCGAGCGUGGAAGAGGGCUCGGCGGGGAUAGCGUCUUGGAACUCCCUGAUGCAAGGAGAUUUCCAAAGCCACAAGAAGAAGGCCGUGCUGGCCGCCAAGAAUGCGAAGCUGAACACCGUGCAAUCACAGAGCUUCGAGACCGAAGAUGAAGUCCAACCGAGAUUCUCGAUUCACGAGAAGAGAGCAGCUUGCUCCCUGGUGUGCAUGGUGGAGUCAGCGUGGUUUACCUACUCCAUCCAGGCCACCAUUUUGGUGAACCUCAUCAUCCUGGGAGUGGAGGUCGACACUGCCGCGCGAUUGGCGCCGGGGGAGGAGCCACAGGGAUUCUGGGUGGCGAACGUCGUCAUAGUUUUAAUCUUCAUGGUGGAGUUGCUCCUCAAGCUCAUCGUGCAGGGCGUGCGCCAGUUUUUUUGCGGCCCAGAACGAUGGUGGAAUCUCUUUGAUAUGCUGAUCGUGGGCUUGUCCCUAUUGGAGACUCUCAUUGAGAUCCUGGCUUCGAUGAUGGCAGUUUCCCAAAUGGAUUCCAGCCACCUGCGGGUCAUGCGCUUUGCGCGCCUGGCCCGCGCGUUGCGUGGGGUCCGGGUGAUCAAGCUGUUGCGCUACAUCGGCGCCCUCCGCACCAUCAUCUUUUCCAUCAUCAGUACCAUGAGCUCCCUCCUGUGGACCUUGGUGCUGCUCGCAAUCCUAUGGUACUGCUUCGGGGUGGUAAUUACCCAGAUUGUGACAGAUGACUGUCGAUAUCCGAAGGAGGAUGGCUCGGUCAGCUGUGACGCCCUGCUCGUGAAGUUUUGGUCCUCCAUCGGUGAGAGCAUCCUAACCCUGUUCAUGGCCAUUACUGGCGGGCUGAGCUGGGGGGAGGCGCUGGACCCGUUGUUCGAGGUUUCCUACCUCGCUGUUGCUAGUAUGAUCCUGUACGUCGUUUUUGCCGUGUUCGCGGUCCUCAACGUCGUCACAGGCGUGUUCUGCAAUCAAGCGAUCGAGAGCGCGCGGGCGGACAAGGACAUUGCGAUCAUGAAGCAGAUGCAUAAGCAUGAGCAACAAGUGCAGUUGCUGCGAGAGAUCUUCAGUGAGAUCGACCAGGACGAGUCCAACCUCAUAAGUAUCAAAGAGCUCAAGAACGCGAUGGAGGGCAAGAAGAUGGCGAGCUUCAUGCAUUCCAUGGACAUCUCCACGCAAGACAUUUGGACUCUCUUCAUGGUCAUUGAUGCCGACGGAAGUGGAGAGAUCUCACUGGAGGAGUUCGUCUUCGGCUGCAUGCAACUGCAGGGUCCGGCAAAAGGACUCCAGAUCGCACGCAUGAGCUACGAAAACACGAUCAUGCGCGAAGAGCGGUGGGUUGAGUACAGGAUCAAGGACUAG